GUGUGUGUGCGUGUGUGUGUAGCUGAGUGAUUUCCCAGAAAACACAUCAGGAAUCUCUUGCAUAACACUGUCGUGGGUCUGGGACUAAUUGUGUUCUUUCUGCUCCGUUGUGUUGUUGGUUCGGGUUCUGUGCUCCUCAACUGACUUCAGAACUUCCCAGAUGUUCGCCCACCAGCUUCACUGGGACGUUGUGUGUGUGUGUGUGUGUGUGUGUGUGUGUGUGUGUGUGUGUGUGGGUAUGAUUGAGUCACUUAGAAAGGAAGUUGGUGACAAACUCCCAAACUUUACUGAACGAGCAGAGUUGAAGGGUCAAACUAGAACCAUCUGCAGUUCUGAGGAGGUGGAUUCUCAAAUGUGGAAUCCACUGAUUCAUCUGGGAACUCCCCCACAGGAAGCUGCUCUGAGGAAAAGGCUCGGCCGUGUGCAUCCUUCCCCGCAUUGCUGCCCCUCGGACCCGUUUAGACCGUGUCGGAGCCACCUCGGACCUGUUCUUGCCGCCAUCGGGCCUUUCCAGCACCUAUCCAUCAUAGCUUGCGCUUGUUUCCAUGGAGUUGUGGAAUUUUUCUAAGGGGAGGAAAACCAGUCCCAUAGGCCGGACUCCCAUCACUUCCUGUUUCUUGACGAGGUCACUUCCUGUCUUGAGCCUCGGGUGCUAGUUAGGCAGGAAGGAAGGAGGCGGGUUCAGCUGUUUUUUUUUUGGUGGUUUCACGGCCGACGUUCUCGCCGCAAAGGCUUCCAGGGUGGUUGACCAGAUGUCAGUGGCGAUGGUGAUUGACAGGUGAUCUGACAGAGGAAGACAUCAGACGCCGUCCGUCUCCCUGCUGGUUAUUAUGGGGUGUGCUUGCUGCAAGCAGAAGAAGUCCGCCAAGCUCGAAGCCGCCACGUUAGCCACCGCCGCCAACGCCUCCGAGCUGUCCCCUAGCGACGUGGACGGCGGCUUGUCGGCGGGCUUGGUGCAGGGCCGCUACUGUCCCGACCCCACGCAGGCCAUCCCCGACUUCAACAAGGGCUUCUCGUCCAGCGCCAUCUUCCCCAACGCCAACGCGCAGCAGUGGUCUGGAGGCAUCACAAGCGGUGGCGUCACGCUCUUCAUCGCCCUCUACGACUACGACGCUCGCACCGAGGAUGACCUCACCUUCCAGAAAGGAGAGAAGUUCCAGAUCAUCAACAACACAGAGGGCGACUGGUGGGAGGCUCGCUCUUUGGAUACUGGGAACGCUGGUUACAUCCCAUCCAACUACGUAGCUCCUGUUGACUCCAUACAGGCUGAGGAGUGGUAUUUUGGAAAGAUGGGGAGGAAGGAUGCGGAGAGACAGCUCUUGGGCCACGGCAACCAGAGGGGGACUUUCCUCAUACGAGAGAGCGAGACCACCAAAGGCGCUUACUCGCUGUCCAUCCGGGACUGGGAUGACAACAAGGGAGACCACGUGAAGCACUAUAAGAUCCGCAAACUGGACAACGGGGGCUACUACAUCACCACGCGCUCCCAGUUUGACACGGUGCAGCAGCUGGUGGAGCACUACACAGAGAGAGCCGCGGGGCUGUGCUGCCGUUUGAUUGGCAGCUGCAAGCGGGGCAUGCCGAAGCUGGCCGACUUAUCGGUGAAGACCAAGGACAUGUGGGAGAUUCCUCGCGAAUCCCUGCAGCUGAUUAAGAAACUGGGCAACGGCCAGUUUGGAGAAGUCUGGAUGGGCAUGUGGAACGGCACCACCAAGGUUGCGGUGAAGACGCUGAAGCCUGGAACCAUGUCCCCUGAGGCCUUCCUGGAGGAGGCUCAGAUCAUGAAGAGACUCCGCCACGACAAGCUGGUGCAGCUCUAUGCCGUUGUGUCCGAGGAGCCCAUCUAUAUCAUCACAGAGUUCAUGAGCCAAGGAAGUUUGCUGGACUUCCUAAAAGACGGCGAGGGCCAGAACCUGAAGCUGCCCCAGCUUGUGGACAUGGCGGCACAGAUAGCAGCCGGCAUGGCGUACAUCGAGAGGAUGAAUUACAUCCACCGCGACCUGCGGGCGGCCAACAUCCUUGUCGGGGACAACCUGGUGUGUAAGAUCGCCGACUUCGGCCUGGCGCGGCUCAUUGAAGACAACGAGUACACGGCUAGACAAGGGGCCAAGUUCCCCAUCAAGUGGACGGCUCCGGAAGCGGCGCUGUACGGACGCUUCACCAUCAAGUCGGACGUGUGGAGCUUCGGCAUCCUGCUCACCGAGCUCAUCACCAAGGGACGCGUGCCGUACCCAGGCAUGAACAACCGCGAGGUGUUGGAGCAGGUGGAGAGAGGCUACCGGAUGGCCUGCGCCCCGGGCUGCCCCGCCUCGCUCCAUGAACUCAUGCUGCAGUGCUGGAGGCGGGAGGCCGACGAGAGGCACACCUUCGAGUACCUGCAGUCCUUCUUGGAGGAUUACUUCACCGCCACCGAGCCGCAGUACCAGCCUGGAGAGAACCUGUGACCACACACGCUCACUCACACACAAACACUCACACAGUGAACGUUCUACAUUGUCGCCUUAAUCGUUUCCUGUCGCCACUGCCUGCGUCUUUCGGGAAAGAUCAGCCUCGAUGAAGAGCGCACUUGGACCUCUGCUGAUCGGGGCCCUGCAGUGAUGUUGCUUUACUCUGUAACCAUGACAACAAGGAACUGAAAGAAGAUGUAGAUGGUUAGGGAGGAGGGAGACGAGUUGGCACAUUAUCCUCUUCUUUCUCAGGCGCCAUACAUGUUCCGCUUCCACCCUUUCAUUCUCUCACACCGUGUCUCUCUGGAGAGAGCUUUUGUGAAUGGUUUUACAUGAAUACCGUGGAGGCGCAACAGGUUGUGAGUGUCUUUUAAAACAUAAAGGUGAACAACGUCGUGAAGCUUCUGUGUGUGCGUAGAUUACACGCCGCUUUGCCGCAUUCAAGAGGAUCUACGUUUACUUGAACACUGUUUCUACCUUACUCUGCUUUUUCUGAAUUUUCAAAAAAACCCAAAUCGGUGUCCAACGCCCCGUCAGGUGCCGCCGUGUAGAAAUGGGCUGUCUUUUGGCCACAUUUUUCCCACCACUUUUACAAAAAUAUAUAUAUUUUACCUUCAGUAAGUCAUAGAGAUGGUGAGGAAUGUCUUCUACAUUUUAUGGCCAUUUCAUAUGAGCCGUCUCUUUAGACUUUUUUUCAGUUAUUUAACUUGUUCCAUAUAUGUGCAUCACAAAGACUUUUAUAGCAAAGUCAGCAUUUAUUCAUUCAUUGGGAGGGUGUAGUAAAAGGUCAUGCAUGAAAAGGGAAAUAGAUUACUUUUUUUUUUUUUUUUUUU